GGAGCUCGCAGUGCCGCGCCCGCCACAGCCCCGGUGCCUCUCUCCACUCCGACAUGGCAAAAAUCUCCAGCCCUACAGAGACUGAGCGGUGCAUCGAGUCCCUGAUUGCUGUUUUCCAGAGGUAUGCUGGAAAGGAUGGGAACAACUUCAAACUCUCCAAGUCGGAGUUCCGAAGCUUCAUGAAUACAGAACUGGCUGCCUUCACAAAGAACCAGAAAGACCCCGGAGUCCUUGAUCGCAUGAUGAAGAAACUGGACCUGAACUCUGAUGGGCAGCUAGAUUUCCAAGAAUUUCUUAAUCUUAUUGGCGGCCUGGCCGUGGCUUGCCAUGACUCCUUUCUAAAGGGUACCCCUUUGGUCAAGCAUCCCUGAGGCCCCCUGGUAUCCCAACCCACCCCUUCCUCCCAGGCUCCCAGCUGUCUCCCCACACAGCCCACACCUGCCCUGGGCCCAGCACACCACCACGCCAUGCAGCCACUCCUACUGGUAGUAAUAAAACAAUGUGGUUUUUUUAAAACACA